AUGAAGCAUUCACUGGUGCUUGUUCUGAUAACUGUUGGUUUCGUUUUUGGCACCAACGACACUAAAACAAAGAAGUCCUUAGACUUCAAUGAUCCAGGUGACAAGAAUUUCAUAAUAAAACAUCUCUUUGUGAAAAUCAACACCAUCCUGAAAAGAUUAGUUGAGGAGGGCACAGAGACAAAACGGUUACAAGAAGACUUGAGGCAAUCCAAUAUAAGGUUUGAAGCUCUUACCAAAUUCCAAGAAAACUACUUCUCAGACCUUCAGGAUAAAGAAUGGAAAACUAUACUUCGACGCCAAAAUGGUUCAGUGGAUUUUAAUAGAAAUUGGACAGAAUACAAAUUUGGUUUUGGCAACCCUGAUGGAGAAUUUUUCAUUGGUCUUGAAGAACUGCAUGCCUUAACCACUUAUGACACACCUAAAGAGCUCCUUGUUGUAUGGCAAAGUUUUGAAAAUGAAACACGCUAUGCCAGAUACGAUCGUUUCAGGGUGGGCAAUGAGGCGGAGAAAUAUGCUAUGAUCGAAUUGGGCACAUACAAUGGCGAUGCCGGUGAUUCACUUGGACAUCAUAAGGGUAUGAAAUUUUCAACUCCUGAUCAGGAUAAUGAUACCUAUGCUUCGGUUAAUUGUGCUAAAAAGUGGAUGAGUGGUUGGUGGUUUUUCGACUGCUAUCGCUGUAAUUUAGCUGGAGUCUACAAAACAACAUCAACAUCAGGCAAUGGCGUUGAAUGGAGGGAUUGGAAAAAAGACACUUCUUUAAAGUUAGCUGAAAUGAGAUUAAGAACGAAUACUUUAAAAUGUUUUUAAAUAAAUCGACAGUUUUGUCGUUGACAAUUA